CGGAAAGAGGCAGUGUGUUGUUUUUCACACGGCUCUCCCUUGUUUCCCACAAUGCAUUGGGAUAUGAUCUUGAGGCAUUGAUUGAACAAUGUAGCAAGGCAUUUUAGAGUACCGGUGUUCCAUUUUUGUGUGUUGGGAUUUCAGGCACCGUUAGUAUGUUUAGUGGCAUUGGGAUUUUCUCGUAAAUUGCAGAGGUAUGCGUGCAAAAGGAUGAAGUCAUAAGUUGACUACUGUUCAAAAAACAUACUGUGCAAUUGCAGCGAUGCCAACAAGUCAACAGAAGCUUGCUGAAAAUAAUGUUCUGGGAAAAAAAUGCUGCUAUAUGUGCCUGUGGUGGCACAGUGCAUUGAUUUUUUAAAAUGUUGUGAUGGCCCUUGUCACCUCUGCUAAAUAAACUGAAGUUCAAGCACAUCAUAGUGGAAUGGUCAACAACCACAGAGGCAAUUCAGAGUAAACAUUGAAAAGUGUGACCACUAAUCAAGGCUAUGCACUAGAUGUCAUCUGAAUCAGUUUUGUAUCUGAUGCUGAAGUAAAAACACAAGGCUUCUGUCUUUGUCACGUAUUCCAGUAAAACAGAUGGUUUUCAGUUCUGUGGAAUGUGUUGUGGUGAACUGUUAUGAAGAUGGUGCAAAAGAUUUUUCGUACCUGUUUGUACCAACUGUUGCCUCUGAUCACCAUGGCAUUACCACAUCCCCUAGCAGUGGGGAGCUAGAGAAGAUCUGUGGAACAUAAUUGUUAAAUUCUUUAUUUUGCUGCCCAUAUUUAAAAUACAAGAAAGCAGAGAACGGAGAACUGACUUGUAAAACAAAGAAGAUGAAAUUUCCAUUCUAUCGGCACUUUAAAAAUAGAUUGUAGCACAAAAUACAUAUGUAUAUUGUCUGUAUUUAGUUGUGCAAUUAUAUCAGCUGGUCUGGCACUGCAUUAUCUUAAUAAUGGCUACUGACCCAACAUGACAUUUUGUACCACUUUUCUGUGACGCAUGCCUGGAUAUACGAUGCUAAGGAAUGGUAGCUUGGGGAAUGGAGGCCAGCAGUGGAUGUUGCGGUGGUCCAAUAGAAUACGGCUGACCUGGCUCAGUUUUACAUUGUUUAUCAUACUAGUUUUCUUUCCACUCAUUGCCCACUACUACCUAACAACCAUAGAUGAUGCUGAUGCAGAUGGAUGGCACCAUUUUGGUCCACGGACAGGAAAUGAACUCUGUGAAGUUAAACAUGUGCAGGACCUUUGUCGUAUCCGUGAGUCUGUUAGUGAAGAGCUUCUGCAGCUGGAGGCAAAGCGACAGGAACUUAACAGUGAGAUCACCAAGCUGAAUCUAAAAAUUGAAGCUUGCAAGAAGAGUAUUGAGAAUGCCAAACAAGACCUCCUGCAGCUCAAAAAUGUAAUUAGCCAAACAAAACACACAUAUGAAGAGCUGAUGGCACAAAAUCAGCCAAAGCUGUCUUUGCCAGUCCGCCUUCUGCCUGAGAAAGAUGAUUCUGGUCUUCCUUUGCCAAAGUCACCCAGCAUUUGUAGGUUGCAUAACUGUUUUGAUUACUCCCGCUGCCCUUUAACAUCUGGCUUUCCAGUAUUUGUGUAUAAUACUGAUGAACAUUCUUUUGGCACCGUCUUGGACCCUUUAGUUAAGCAAGCUUUUCAGUCAUCUGUAAGUACCAAUGUUUAUGUGACAAAAAAUCCAAAUAUUGCUUGUAUAUAUGUAGUUUUAAUUGGAGAAAUGCAGGAGAUUUUAAUGCCAAAACCUUCUGAACUGGAGCAGCAGUUGCAUUCACUGCCCUACUGGAGGACUGAUGGUCACAAUCACCUUAUAAUUAAUUUGUCAAGAAAACUACAGACACAGAACGUUAUACAUAAUAUUAGCACAGGACGUGCCAUGAUUGCCCAGUCUACUUUUUAUGAUACCCAGUUCCGUCCAGGGUUUGAUAUUGUGACAACACCACUGGUGCAUGCCAUGUCUGAACCAAAUUUCUUAGAAAUCCCUGCUCAAGUUCCUGUGAAGCGGAAGUAUCUUUUCAGUUUCCAAGGCGAAAAGAUAGAAUCUCUAAAAUCAAGUCUGCAAGAGGCUCGCUCUUUUGAAGAAGAAAUAGAGGGUAAUGCCCCAGCUGACUAUGAUGACAGAAUUAUUGCCACACUGAAGGCUGUACAGGACAGCAAGCUGGAUGUAGUAUUGGUUGAAUUCACAUGCAAGAAUCGUCCAGCGGCCAGCUUGCCCACUGAGUGGGCACUUUGUGGGGAGAGAGAAGACAGACUGGAAUUACUUAAACUCUCCACUUUUUCUCUAAUUAUAACACCAGGAGAUGGUCACCUUGUUAUCACUUCUAGUUGCACCAUGAGGUUGUUUGAGGCCUUGGAAGUUGGAGCUAUCCCAGUCAUCCUUGGGGAGCAUGUUCAUCUGCCCUACUAUGACAUGAUUCAGUGGAAUGAAGCAGCACUGAUUGUACCAAAGCCACGUAUAACAGAACUACAUUUCCUUUUAAGAAGCAUCUCAGACAAUGACUUGCUGGCUAUGAGACGUCAAGGUCGUUUCCUCUGGGAGACUUACUUUUCCACCUCAGACACUGUUUUCAGCACUAUCUUGGCCUCUGUGAGGACUCGAAUUAUGCUUCCAGCUGCUCCUAUUAGAGAAGAGCCUGCAGUAGAGAUACCACACAAGUCUGGCAAGGCAGCUGGUACUGACCCUAACAUGGCAGACAAUGGUGACUUGGAUUUGGGGCCUGUAGAGACUGAGCCUCCUUAUGCAUCUCCAAAAUACCUUCGCAAUUUUACUCUCACAGCUACAGACUUGUACAGAAAUUGGAAUGUAGCACCAGGACCUUUCUACUUAUUUCCUCACACGCCAUUUGAUCCAGUUUUGCCUUCUGAGGCCAAAUUUCUGGGCUCUGGCACAGGCUUUCGACCAAUUGGUGCAGGUGCUGGAGGAUCUGGAAAAGAAUUCCAAGCUGCUUUGGGAGGUAAUGUUCCACGGGAGCAGUUUACAGUUGUUAUGUUGACUUAUGAGCGUGAGGAGGUACUCAUGAACUCUUUGGAGAGGUUAAACGGGCUUCCUUAUUUAAAUAAAGUUGUGGUGGUAUGGAAUUCUCCAAAGUUACCAUCUGAGGACCUACUCUGGCCAGACAUUGGAGUACCAAUUGUGGUUGUCCGCACUGAAAAGAACAGUUUGAAUAACCGUUUUUUGCCAUGGGAUGUCAUCGAAACAGAGGCCAUUCUUUCAAUCGAUGAUGACGCACAUCUUCGCCAUGAUGAGAUCAUGUUUGGCUUCCGAGUCUGGAGGGAAGCAAGGGACCGAAUUGUGGGCUUUCCUGGGAGGUACCACGCUUGGGACCUCACUCACCAAUCCUGGCUAUACAACUCAAAUUACUCAUGUGAGCUGUCCAUGGUGCUGACUGGAGCUGCCUUCUUUCACAAGUACUAUGCCUACCUUUAUUCGUAUGUGAUGCCUCAAGCCAUUCGGGACAUGGUGGAUGAGUAUAUAAACUGUGAGGAUAUUGCCAUGAACUUCUUGGUUUCCCAUAUCACCAGGAAGCCACCUAUUAAGGUUACAUCACGAUGGACUUUCCGCUGCCCUGGUUGCCCACAAGCCCUCUCUCAUGAUGACUCGCAUUUCCAUGAGCGACACAAGUGUAUUAACUUCUUUGUCAAGGUGUAUGGUUACAUGCCACUGUUGUAUACUCAAUUCAGAGUUGACUCUGUACUCUUCAAAACUCGCCUACCCCAUGACAAGACAAAGUGCUUCAAGUUCAUUUAGACUUUUCCCUGAGAAUAAGGGAGGCAGGCCUGCCUGCAAGUGGAUGUUUACAUGAAGUACGGUUGGUUUCAUAGGCAUGUUAUAGGAAAUAUACUGACAAGAUGAAAAUUUCAUAAGAUGUUCUAUGGUACGAUAAACUUGACACUGACUUGAACUCACCAUGUAUAUUUCUGCCAUAACCGAUCACUUUCUCCUGUUUUGCCAUCUUGCAGCUUAUAAAACUGAUUCUGACUUUGACUGGCAAGCAGUGAGCCAGCAUUUUAUCUUUUACACGUAGCAUUACAGGUCUGUGUAUGGUUGGAAGUGGGUAUUUUUCCACUUAACUUGUUAUUUCUGAUUAAUUAAAGCUGGCUAUAGAGGAUUCAUACCACAUUA